AUGGUGGCUGGAACAGUAACCAUAGAAACUGAGUCUAUAGUGGCGCCAAAGAGAUUGUGGAAUGCAUUGGUGAAAGAUCAUGAUCUCAUUGCCAGGGAAAUACCAGAGCUUUGUGCCGGAGUCAAAUUUCUCGAGGGCAAGGGCGGGGUCGGCAGCAUCAAACAAAUCAACUUCACCCCUGGCGCGACGGAGUUUAGCUAUGUGAAGGAGCGCGUGGACGUUGUUGACGAAGAGAAGUUAAUAUACAGCUACACAGACAUAGAGGGAGGGGAGCUGGGAAAGAAUUUGGCAUCUGCCCAGUUCACGCUGAAGGUGAGUCCAAAAGCAGGGGGUGGAAGCGUUGUGAGUCAUAUCUGCAACUUUGACACUCUCCCUGGGGUUCCUCAAGAGGAAGGAAAACUUGAGGCCAUGAAAGCCCAGCUCACCGCUUUGUUUAAAAAGAUGGAAGCAUAUGUCAUCGCUAACCCCACUUUAUAUAACGCAUGA